CAUGAGAGGUGAGGGUCUGAGGGAUUCGUGCUGGGAGGGAGCCGGGCCAGCUGUCCUGCUUCAGCGGUGGGCUCUGCACUCUGAGUCCCACCGGGAAAGCCAGUGUGGUCCUGCAAGAGAAGAGGGUGGGAGGAUGGGAAGGGCUUAGAAAUAAUCUCUCCAUCAGCCAGACAGCAGGCAGGAGCAGCCGCCGCUCUGCCAACCGCCUGGAAGGCAAGGACAGCUGUCCGCCCUCCCUUCCAAGGAGGAGCAGAACUCGGAAGGAGCGGAGGGCACCUUAGGGCUGGGGCAUCUGCAGCUACCUGUCCCAGGCAUCCCGGAAGCUCCUCGGGAUGUGCUGAUGAUGGGGGGUGGGGUGUGCUCACGUUGAGGCUGCAGGAGGAGCUGCUUUUAACUAGCCCAGGCCUGGGACAGGUGCAGAGAAACCCAGCAUCCGAGCGCUGGGUGGGAGUCCCGGAGGCUCUGUGACGGACCCGGAAGUGGUGUGAGCUUGGAGUUGUACACACCUGGAUCUCUGGUUCCCAUGUGUACACCCACGAGAAACGCACACAGAUGCUCGCCAGAGGCACGCGUUAGGAGGCUUGUCACCGCGCUGUCGUAACAGUGGAAAACUGGAACACCCACUAACAGGAGAGUGGGUAAGUAAAUCACGUGUGUCCUCACGGCGGAAUACCAUACGGCAACGAGGAUGCACACGCCACAACCAUGUGCGACAACACAGAAGCAUCUCAUCGCCAUCCUGGAAGCAUUGGAACUUGCAUGGCUGCCCCUGAAGACGCGUGCUCCAAGGCCCUCAAGGAGAAGGAUGCUGUUCCAGGCCGAGGAGGCUGGCGGUCCCCGACAGGCGCGAGCCGACCGCUGCCCGCCGCCCCCGCGCUCGCUGCCCCCCGGCGCCUGCCAGGCGGCGCGCUGCCAGGCUGACUCUGAGUGCCCGCGGCACCGGCGCUGCUGCUACAACGGCUGCGCCUACGCCUGCUUGGAGGCCGUGCCGCCCCCGCCAGUUUUAGACUGGCUAGUGCAGCCGAAACCUCGAUGGCUUGGGGGCAACGGCUGGCUCCUGGACGGCCCUGAGGAGGCAUUGCAAGCAGAGGCCUGCAGCACCACAGAGGACGGGGCCGAGCCACUCCUCUGCCCCUCAGGCUAUGAGUGCCACAUCCUGAGCCCGGGUGACCUGGCUGAGGGCAUCCCCAACAGCGGGCAGUGUGUCAAGCAGCGCCGGCCGGCAGAUGGGCGAUUCUUACGACACAAAUUUUACAAAGAAUAUCCAGAGGGUGGCUUCAAAAAUGUGGCAGAGCACGGGAAAGGACGGCAGAAGCACUUUCAGUAAAGCGACGGCAGUGGCCAACCUGGAAGAACAUUCCUCCACUUUCUGCUAAGCCUCAGAAACCGUUGGGUAAACAAUGAUUUGACCCCCAGAGGUCAUGCCCAGCUCAACAGAGCAUGACCCCAGAGAUGCUUGGAGACAGGACCCCUGGCUCUCAACCCCUGGGUGGCCCCACCUGGCAGGGUGACUUCGUGGGAGCCACUCGCCUGUUCCGGGUCCCUGUUUUAUUGUCCUGGAAACGAGGCCUACCUAGCAGUCCCCUUGACCUUGCAGCUCCCCAGAUCUACCGUGGGAAGUCACUGCCUCUGUGAGCUGUGUGAAGCCCCUUUCUAAGACAGAUGUCAGUGUCUUGGCUGGUACAGAUUUCUUCCGGGUUUGGCUCUUGGAGGCAUGUCCCCAUCCCAAAUGUCCUCAAGAUACGU